UCAAUACGUUCCGUUAAUUCUGAUAAUGCAAGCCAUUUUCUUUCGGUUUCCAUAUAUUCUAUGGAAACUAGGAAAGAAAAAAUUAGGUAUUUACUUUUCCGUAAAAUCCGGGAACACUUAUGACAAGAGCAAAACAAUCGGGAAAGUCUUGCUAUAUACCUGGAGCAAUGGAUUAGAAAGAGGAAAGUAAACAUUUUAUCAAUCGGGGCCUUUACAAUGUUUCAUUUGUUCGUUAAGGUGCUUUAUUUUAUAAAUAUAUCAACAAAUUUAGCGCUGUUAGAUCCUUUUCUAAAAGAAGAAAACCAGACCAGUUUUGGUUCUCAGGUGCUCGGAAAUAUACGUGAAAAUGAUGCACGCUUCUUUCAAACCUUUCCGGCUUUUCCUAGAGAAAUAAUGUGCGACUAUGAGAUACGUUAUCUGUCCAAUGUCCAAAGGUACACAGUACAGUGUGUCCUUCCAUUUAAUCCGUAUCUGGAACAGAUCAUGGCUGUCGUCUGGUGGUGGUUGAUCUUCCUUGUGGCUGCAACUGUAGCCGAUGGUCUCAUAUAUUCAUUUGGAGCUGUCCUGCCGUGUUUUAGGGUGUGGUUUGUAAAGUCAAAUUUGAUGCGUGUUGAACUUGGAAAUUUGAACCAAACAUUGACAGAACAGAACAUCAGCAGAUUCUCCAACAACAAGUUAGGAGAGGACGUCAUCGUAUUUCUAAAGCACAUUCAAGACCAUGAAAACGGAUGUGUGGUCAUGGAAACCGUUACAGAAUUAUGGAGGUUAUGCCAUGACGGCAGCUGGCAAUCCUCCCCAGUAAAUGUUUACUCCCCUCCACAUCCUGGAGGGGCAAUCGAGAUGUCCAAUCCAUCAGUCCCUACGUAUGGCCAACAUGGUGAAUAUCAGUGUGACCCUGAGAAGAACGAAGGUCAACGUCAGCAAUCUGCACCCAAUUUGUAUCCAAAAUACCCGAGCUGAACUUAAGAAAGCUACCAUAGCUAAACACAUGGGUGUUUUGAUAAAGCUUGAUUAUUUUGUACUAUCAAUCAUUAAAAAUGUCUUUGCUGUGUUCUAUGUAAUUUUAUGUUCUCUGGUCUGUCAAUUCAUAUUCUGUAUCUUUCUGUUGAUUACUGGGGUGUGUUUAUUGUACUCAUUAUAGUCAAAAUUCAUAAUUGUUCAAUUUUAUGUACAUAUUGCUGUUUGUAAUUGCUUCGUCUAUUUGCAUUAAGAUGAAUAAAGAUAGACCUAUUAUCAAAUAAAAAUUAUGACCAGAAUGUUAGUAUCGUAAUUGAAUGAAUUUAACUUAUUCCUACAUAAGAUCUGUUACUUCAAAAAUGAAUAUCUCACAAAACCAGCUUAC